ACCAAACGACCCAAAAGAUCCAGAAGCCCCCGCCCGUGUUUGCUGUGCUGUUUGACAGCUGGAUUGGCUGGCUGACUGGCUUGCACCGGAGGAGAGUCAUCGGACUGAGUAUCGCCGCCCGCUGAAGACGGCGUCUACGACUGCGGGCAUUUCGCUUUGCUGGGAAGUCAUAGUUAUGGCCACAUUCGCUCAAGACCACUUUUUGUUAGACGAUCCCGUGUUCAAGAAGCUCCGCGAAUACUAUGACACUGAUGGGAAGAGGAUCAGUAUGCCGGAGCUCUUCAAGAAGGAUUCUCAGCGGUUCAAGAAAUUCAGCAUUAAAUUAAAUACACCUGACUCUGGCGUCCUCUUGUUUGACUACUCCAAGAACAUCAUCAAUGAAGAAGUUUUAGUGAAACUGUUUGACCUCGUCAAGUCACGUAAGGUCGCAUUGGCCCGUGAUGCAAUGUUUCGUGGGGAAAAGAUCAACUUCACUGAAGGGAGGGCAGUGCUUCACAUUGCAUUGCGAAACCGCAGCAAUACUCCCAUCCUUGUAGAUGGAAAGGAUGUGAUGCCUAGCGUCAAUGCUGUCUUAAAGCACAUGCGGGAAUUCUCGGACUCUGUCCGUAAGGGCGAGUGGAAGGGCUACUCUGGAAAAUCCAUCACUGAUGUUGUGAAUAUUGGCAUUGGAGGCUCCGACCUAGGCCCUCUCAUGGUGACUGAGGCACUGCAGCCUUACCAGUGUGGCCCAAAUGUUCAUUUUGUCUCCAACAUUGAUGGCACUCACCUUGCAAAGACACUAAAAAACCUAAGUGCAGAGACGACUCUGUUCAUCAUUGCAUCAAAGACAUUUACCACCCAAGAAACUAUUACGAAUGCUCAAUCAGCAAAGGAAUGGCUGAUGAAUCACACCAAGAAUCCAGCUGAUGUGGCAAAACACUUUGUGGCACUUUCAACAAACGCUCCAAAAGUUAGGGAGUUUGGUAUUGAUGAGAAGAAUAUGUUUGAGUUUUGGGAUUGGGUUGGCGGCCGAUAUUCACUCUGGUCAGCUAUUGGACUCUCCAUUGCUCUUUUUGUUGGUAUGGACAACUUUGAGAAGCUACUGGGCGGUGCUCACUUUAUGGACCAACAUUUCCUGAAAGCUCCAGUGGAGGAAAAUAUACCGAUCAUCCUUGCUGUGCUUGGAUUCUGGUACCACAACUUUUUUGGAGCAGAGAGCCAUGCCCUUUUGCCUUAUGAUCAGUACAUGCACAGAUUUGCAGCCUACUUUCAGCAGGGUGACAUGGAGUCUAAUGGCAAAUACAUUACGCGGAGUGGAAAGAGAGUAGCAUAUACAACUGGACCCAUUGUCUGGGGUGAACCUGGCACCAAUGGGCAGCAUGCUUUCUACCAACUUAUUCAUCAGGGCACUCGCCUGAUUCCCUGUGACUUCAUCGCACCGGUCAAAACUCACAACCCAAUCAGUCACGGCACUCAUCAUGAGAUUUUGUUGGCUAACUUCCUUGCUCAGCCAGAGGCUCUCAUGAAAGGGAAGACAAAAGAAGAAGCGAAAGCCGAGUUGGAAAAAGCUGGAAUGAGUAAAGAUGUACUUGAAAAAAUUCUUCCACACAAGGUUUUUGAAGGCAACAGACCAACUAACUCGAUUGUUGUUGACAAGAUAACACCAUUCAACUUAGGGAUGCUGAUUGCAAUGUAUGAGCAUAAGAUCUUCACUCAAGGCAUCAUGUGGGACAUCAACUCCUUUGAUCAGUGGGGUGUUGAACUCGGGAAGCAACUGGCCAAAGCCAUCCAGCCAGAGCUAAAAGGCAAGAAUGAAGUGUCCACUCAUGAUUCAUCGACAAAUGGCUUGAUCAACUUCAUUAAGUCAUUCAACCAGUAGCUCUUUGGUGGCUUGGUGGUAUUAAAUAUACUUAAUUAUUUAAAGAAACAUUUUCAGCUGAGCAGCAUCUAACUUAAUUUUCAAUAAAAAGUGAUCUGAAAGCUGUGAAAGGCAUGUCAAUGAAGCUUGCACUGAAAAAAUCUUCCUGAGUAUUCUAGCAAACAUCUAUCAAAAGAAAUCGAUGUAUUGGGGAAACUUUUAGACAUUAUAAUGAAGAAAGAAGAAUAUGUUUAGUAAGGUAUUCAGAGAGCAUGUUGCUUGAGUUAUACUGCUCCAAUAGCGAGUAGCUGCAUUACUUCAAUAAAGUGAUUGCUCAGCAUGUUCCAUUUGUUUCUAUUUAACCGAUAUCUUUUGCAAUAGAUCUGAUGCAGGCAAAUAGAGACAGGAAUAUAUAUGCCUAAGUUGUAGCCUAUAUUCUGCUGCGUUCUCUCUGUAGUUUUCUUUAGUAAUUGUUGGAAUUCAUAGGUGUGUGUGUGUGUGUGUUGUACUCCUGUGGUGUACUUAAAGAAAAUAAAUGUCAUGUUAGUCAA